UGAAAGAGAUAUAAUGUUCGAUCAUAUAAUAUUAAUCUUGACAAGAAAUUAUCUACAUGAUAAGAUAAGAUAAAAUGUGGAUCAUAAACACAAGGGCUAUAGCUCAGUUAGGUAGAGCACCUCGUUUACACGUGCGCCAAAGUUUUUCAGAGGAGUCCAUCACGCAAUCAAACCAAUUGAUUGAUCUUAUUAAUAAAUCGAUGUCUUACUCCAUGACUUUUUUUUAGGAAAAAGAGGAGAACAAUAGCCUGACAUUAGGUCCUAUUAAAGUACCCCAUUUCGGUAGGGAAUUAAUAGAACCCAUCAUUGAUUUGAGAUAUUGAUAGGGUGAAUACCCAGUCUACUUAAUGCUAGGCAGAAUGAGUAUAAGGAACUCAAAAAUGAUCUUUUCGUCCUAUGAACCUUAAGGUGUAGCAAGUUUCAUAUUUGAUUUUUUAAUCAGGAUGUUAGAGACUAUAUUUAACUUAAGUUGAUCUAGACCAAAAGCAAACCUACGUCAAGAGAACCCUUCUUUGAAACACUUUGGUAGUUAUUCUGUAUUGUAUUAGAAUUAAAAAAUAAUCAAUCAGAGUACUUGGAACCAUUUCUUAUCUUUUUUUUUUAAGAAAAAAUAUGGUAGACUAACUGAUCUUUCUAUCAGUUAAUGAAAGAGCCCAAUGCAAAAAAAAUGCAUGUUGGGUCUUUGAAAGAGUUCGAAUCAUUUUGAUAAUAAUAAGUUCGAGCUCUUUUACCGAGCAGGUCUACGGUUCGAAUCCGUAUAGCCCUAACUAAUAAAUUUAUUCUAAUAAAUGACAUUCAAAUCCAAAUAAUUGGAUAAUUUUUGACUUUUUAUUGUAUUCUUUAUUUCUAACUGGUUACUUUCAAUUUGUUGGUUCAUAAAAAAAACUCCCAGACCCUAAACCAUAAGUCCUGGGGGUCGUUCAGAAUAAAACGGAAAACCAAAUUUGAUUUCAUUUGAUUUCAGUGGAUCCAAUCACUAUCUAUAGAUAUAUCUAGAUAGAUACUUAUAAUUUAGAAUAAACGUUUUUUAUUCAUUCAUUUUCAUAGUCGUAAGUGGAUUUUUUGAUACGUCAUAAUUUUAAAAACGAAGAUAUUUUUAUCAAUUUGUUUUAUUUUUAAAUAAAACAUAAAGCAAAUUUAAGAAACAGAAAUAAAAAAAAUUACUAGUUAUUAAUCAUAUUAAUAUUAUAUUAUUAAUAUGAGAAACUAUUAGUAAUAGAAACAUGGAAAUAUUAAGUAAUAAGUGUACUGAAAAUAAGAUUACAAUCAAUAAAUCUUAAAAGGAGACGUCUACCACAGCAACCAAACGAAAAUAAAUGAUUCGAUUAACCUGAAUUUUUGUUUUGACGCAAGAGUUAUAUAUACCUUGCCCAAUCCACUCCGAUUGGAAUUGACUAAGCGGGUAUUUUUUCCACAUUCAUAGGAGUUCGUCUAUGUUUCUGCUUUACGAAUAUGAUAUUUUCUGGGCAUUUUUAAUAAUAUCAAGUGCUAUUCCUGUUUUGGCAUUUCUAAUUUCCGGGGUUUUAUCUCCAAUUACGAAGGGGCCGGAGAAACUUUCUAGUUAUGAAUCAGGUAUAGAACCGAUCGGGGAUGCUUGGUUACAAUUUAGAAUCCGUUAUUAUAUGUUUGCUCUAGUUUUUGUUGUUUUUGAUGUUGAAACCGUUUUUCUGUAUCCGUGGGCAAUGAGUUUCGAUGUACUAGGGGUAUCCGCUUUUAUAGAAGCUUUCAUUUUCGUGCUUAUCCUAAUUCUUGGUUUAGUUUAUGCAUGGCGAAAAGGAGCGUUGGAAUGGUCUUAGUUCGUUUCCUGAAUACUUGUACAAUAACAAUAAAAAAAAAGUAAAAAAAAACCAUUGAAACAAUUAUGAAUUCCAUUAAGUUUCCCGUACUUGAUCGAACAACAAAAAACUCAGUUAUUUCAACUACGUUAAAUGAUCUUUCAAAUUGGUCAAGACUUUCCAGCCUAUGGCCGCUUCUUUAUGGUACCAGUUGUUGUUUUAUUGAAUUUGCCUCAUUAAUAGGCUCCCGAUUUGACUUUGAUCGUUAUGGGCUAGUACCAAGAUCAAGUCCUAGACAGGCGGACCUUAUUUUAACAGCAGGUACAGUAACAAUGAAAAUGGCUCCUUCUUUAGUGAGAUUAUAUGAACAAAUGCCUGAACCAAAGUAUGUUAUUGCUAUGGGAGCGUGUACAAUUACAGGGGGGAUGUUCAGUACCGAUUCUUAUAGUACUGUUCGAGGGGUUGAUAAGCUAAUUCCUGUAGAUGUCUAUUUGCCGGGUUGUCCACCUAAACCAGAGGCUGUUAUAGACGCUAUAACAAAGCUUCGUAAGAAAAUAGCUAGAGAAAUCUAUAAGGAUCGAAUUAGACCUCAACGGGGUAAUCGGUGUUUUACUACCAAUCACAAGUUUUUUGUUGUACGCAGUACACAGACUGGAAAUUAUGAUCAAGAAUUACUCUAUCCACCAUCAUCUACUUCAGAGAUCUCUACUGAAACAUUUUUUAAAUACAAAAGCCCAGUAUCUUCCCACGAAUUAGUGAAUUAGGGAGGAUUUGAGAGAAUAAGAAAAAAAUCUUCAUAAAUUAGAACUCAUGGUAAAUGUGAAAUACUUAAAUUUAUAUAAAAAAGGUGUGGGGGAAAUAAAAAAGAUGCAGGGCACUUUGUCCGUUUGGCUAGCCAAACGCGGGCUGGUUCAUAGAUCGUUGGGCUUCGAUUACCAAGGAAUAGAGACUUUACAAAUAAAGCCCGAAGAUUGGCAUUCUAUUGCUGUAAUUUUAUAUGUAUAUGGUUACAAUUAUUUACGUUCCCAAUGUGCCUAUGAUGUGGCACCAGGUGGCCUCUUAGCCAGUGUGUAUCAUCUUACGAGAAUAGAAUAUGGUGUCAAUCAAGCGGAAGAAGUUUGCAUAAAAGUAUUUACUCACAGGAGUAAUCCCAGAAUUCCAUCUGUUUUCUGGGUUUGGAAAAGUACGGAUUUUCAAGAACGGGAAUCUUAUGAUAUGUUAGGAAUCACUUAUGAUAGCCAUCCGCGGCUGAAACGGAUCUUAAUGCCCGAAAGUUGGAUAGGGUGGCCUUUACGUAAGGAUUAUAUUGCCCCCAAUUUUUAUGAAAUACAAGAUGCUUAUUGAAUGAUAAAAAAUUUGAAUGAUAAAAAUGAGUCUUAGUUUCUACAACUACGGACCUUCGCGGAAUAUUUUGAAUUCGAGUCGUUUUUAGAUCAAACAAACAGAAGAAUUAAGGUCUUAUUCAUAUUAUUAUAGAUAGCUUAAUCUCCAAUUUGAAAGAUACUUUUUUCCUAAAAGCCGAGCCAAUAGGAUGAA